GUCUACCUCUCAUACAGACAGACAGACAGACACGCCGUUGGCCCCAUCCCCCCUCUCUCCCUUGCAAUGAGUGCAAGUCAGUCAGCACGUAUGUAUGUAUGUAUCUACAGCACACGCUACAUCAACCAUCAGCCAGAUCAUUGCGGCUCGCUUCGGCUCCGCUCAGCUACACAUCGAUCUGGAGAGAGAUGCGGCGCCCCUCUAUCACUAGUUAGUCGCCUCUUCUGCCCCUCCCCCUCCCUCUCGCUCUCGCUCUCGCUCCACGGCCAUCUCCGCCUGAUCAGCCCCGCCCUCCUGCACCACAGCCAUGUCGACGUCGCCGUCGCCACCCUUCUGCCCCUCGCCCUGCUGUUGCUGAGGAUCCAGCCCACAGAGAAGUGUCGGCACAAUGCGGCGCUUGGGCUGCUUGCCGUCGGUCUGCUGCUGGGGGGCAACGGCGUCGAUGGCCAUCUGCUGCUGCUGCUCCUGCUGCUGCUGGUUGGUGGUGUUGGUGUUGGUGUUGUUGGUCGCUUUGUGUUUGUUGGGUUGCUUGCCUGGCUGCGGCCCCUUGAGGGGAGGGGUCUUGGAGAAGGCGCCGAUGGGCGGAACUGGUCAGCCACACACAUGGAAGAAACGGAUGGUGAUUCGGGAGGGCUAUGAGGGCUCAGUUGUGUUGUAUGAGUGACCACAUGGUGGAGUGGAUGUGUCAAUCAACGUGUGAAUGUGUGUGUCUAUGUGAAUGUCACCCACGCACCCACCCGAUGUGAGGACCUCUCCGAGCUCGCCCUCCUCGAAAUACACGUAGCUAACGUACCUGCACCGAAAGGACAGACAGAUCCGAGUGUACUUCUCUUACUUGAUGGACUGACUCAUCCAUGGUUCGUUCCCCCACCCACUUACCCAUCGCUAGAUGACACGGCGAGCACUCGACCGUCACUCGACCUGACCAGCAAUCGACAGACAGACAGAUGCGUACGUACGUGCAUGGCGCAACGAACGAUCCAGUUGGUUGACGGUGCGGUGUCUGUCUGUCCUGCUCACCAGGCCGCGUCAGUGAGGCCCAUCCAGUGGUGGCCGCGGACAAACGCUAUGGGAAUCGUCCGCUGCACACACACAUUUCAUUCAGAAAAGAGCGAGUGAUUGAGUGAGUGACGGACAAACGGACAAACACCUGUCCGUGUGUGUGGUGGUGAACCACCCAAAUCUGUCUGUCUCCCUGUCUUCUCUGGGCGACUCACCUCACCUACCUCUGUGUUGUAGAUGUAGACAUUGCCGGUGAUGUUGAUGACGGCGAAGACGUACAUGGGCGGCCCCACGUAGCCCCCGUCGCCCUCCACCACCGUCCACUUGCCCCUCUCGCCCAUCCCGCCCUUGACCCCCUCGACACCACCCCCACUGCCACUGCCGGCAGCCAUGCUAAUGCGCGGAGAGCUCCCGCCACCCAUGUCAGGCAGCUCAGCCAGCACCUUGCCCACGUACUGCGAUAUGUCACCGCCAUCCGCCCCCGCCCCCGCCAUCUCGUUCUCCUUGUCUUUGUCUUGCCCUUGCUUCUCGCCGCCUGCAUUGCCCUCGCCGUCUUUUCCCUCGGCUUGCAUUGCCUGUGCGAGUGAGGGGCUGUACGUGGGCAGCGUGUGGUCGGGGGGAUACGCCCAAGACGGCAUGUGCGUCACGGCUGGAGGGGCGGGUGCAGCCGCUGCCGCUGCUGCUGCCGCUGCAGACGAGGAUGAGGAUGAGGCCGCCUCUGCGUCGCAUUUCUUGGCGGCGACCUUGGCGCUCUUGAAGGUCAGGGGGCAGAAGCGGAUGCCUACCGCGGCGGAGUCGGGCAGAGGGAUGCACAGAGAGGGCCUGCAGAUACACACACACCCAUAGGCAGCCAGGCACAGAGCAAAGUGCAUGAUACCCUAUCUCUGCAUGCGCAUCGACCUGCCGAGCCAUUCAUUCAUUGUUGGUCGCGUACCGUUUCAUCUGCCCCCGAUGAAACACGAGCGUGGCGGGAAGCGCCUUGGUGUCCUUGAGCACGGCACCGGCCCCCUUGUCGCCAUCGCUGACCUCCAUCGCCUCACCACCGUCGGGCACAUCAACAGACAUACUGUUGUUGCCGGCCUUGGCCUUGGCCUCGUCCGUCUGGCCGUCGGCUGGUGCAGCGGCUGCUGCUGCUACUGCUGCUUGUGAGGGUGAGGGUGAGGGCGCCCUGGCACUGCCCUUCUUGCCCUGCUUCUUCUUCUUGUCAUUGUUGGUCUUCUUUUUUGCCGGUUUGCGGGCCUCCUCCAUCCGCCGCUGGAAGCGCUCGGCGUUGUGGGCCAUCAACUCACGGCCCGACGGCAUGUUGCUCAGGGAAUACUGACCUGAGCAAAGCCAGAGACAGAGAGAGAGAGAGAGAGAGACGGCAGUACGGUGCUUAAGUGAAGGGAUGGAUGGCUGCGUGUGUGGUGCGAGGGAGGCGGUGCGGUCCUCCCUACCGCUUGGAGUGAGGAAGAAGGAGCCGUCGGGGGACCAGUCUGGGCGACGAACGAGCCUGAUGCAUGCACAGGCAGACAUGCACAAAACAAACGGAUGGGUACGCUACGCUAUGCGACACACAACCUUCUUCAUGCAGCUAGCUGAUGGCAUGUGAUGUGUAGUGGGUGCAAUUGCAAUUCUUACGAGGGGCAUGCGGAUGAGCUGAGGAAGAGGUUGACCUGCUUGGUGCGGGCGGCCUCCUCGUCCUCACACUCGUCCUCGUUGUCCUCGUCGUCAUCCUCACUCUACAACCACCCAACCACCCAGCAAUUACACAUCAACGAACGAAUCGGUCAGUAACUCAGGGAUGUGGGCAGAAGUGUGUGUGCUGUGACACGGUCACACGGAUGGGGCCAUACGUACCGUUCUCUUUUUCUUCAUCCUGUUGUUCUCAGGGUCGGUGCCAUCGAGCGACACCUUGGCCUUGCCUAGCCUCUCCUGGACACAACAACACAACACACAACACACCACUACGUAUGCCACACCAUCACCAUGAACAACACCAUCCUAAGCACAGGCGGGAGGGAGGGAGGGGGGAGAGGGGGCCUACGAUUGCUGUGCUGCGGAACUUCCUUUUGUCCUUGAGUUUGGUCCAGACUUUGACACUGCACCCCAUCCAUGUGUCCAUCCAUCCAUCCACCAGACAAGUGCAGGCAGACAGACAGACAGACAGACGUGACCGGCGGUUCGGUUGGUAGGUACUUGAGGGCGUUUCGUGUCUGUGGGUAUGGUGUGGCGCACAUGUGUGCUCGCGUACGUACGUUUUGUCCGAGCUUUGCGUGACCAGGAAUUGGCUGUGUGGGUCCCACGUGACGCCCAUGACCGUCUCGUUGUGGUCCGACAGCGUAACAACCGCCCGGGCUGACCACACACAACACACACAUCACACUCGCGUAUCCAUCCAUCCAUCCAUCCGUCGCUGUGCAUCCAUCGCACCACCGUCAACGACAUCCACGACGAAGGUCUGGCUCGGAGUCCCAUCGCACCCCACAGCUAUGUACCGGCCGCACGGACUCCACGCCAGACACCACGCCAUGGCGUUCGUCCUGAUGGAUUGAUAGAUGGGCAACACGCGCACGGCACGGCACGCACACGCCUGUCCGUCCGUCACGUCCACUGUCUGUCUGUCGCUCUCGUGUAGUGUGUGUGCGUGUGAGUGACCUGAAGGUCCCGCUCUCUUUCCAGUACUCGUCGAAAUCGUAGACGGCAUCCUCGCCGAACGCUGCACGGUACUCGCUCCGCUUCCGCUGCUGCCAAAACACCACAGUACCAUCUGACACACACACACACACACACACGACACUCACACACACGACGCUCACACACAAACACAAACACACGUCACAUGGAUGCGAUGCACCCACGCACAUUCACGGACGGGGGCAGGGCAGGUGUGUGUGAGCUUGCCUGAUCCCGCCGAUGCAAGUGUGGAUCCGUCGGGUGACCAUCUGACGGUGUUGAUGUCCUUGCCCUGCUCGUGGCGCGACAGCUUGGCCAGUAUCUUGACUGGCGGGUCCUCAUCGCCACCCAGCACCUCCCAGAUCUGCGCACAUCGGCACACGGAUAACAACACACGCAGAUAGAUCCACAGACAGAUGGAUGCGUGUGUGUCCAUCCGCCAUCCGCACGGUGCAGCCAGCCACGUAGAGUACGUGUAUGUCAUUGUCGGCUCCGCAUGUGGCGAGUCGUCUGCUGCCGUACUGGAAGUCGAGCGAUGCCACCCGCUCCGCUGACCCCCUGGGAGCCUGGUCCUUGCCGCCCUUCUUGUCGGGCUUGGUGCUGCUGCCGGGCCGCUCCUUCUUGAACGCCUCACUGUGGUACAACACCUCAGGCGUCCUCACCCGCAUGGCUGCUGCCAAACUUUGACGCUACUCAAUUUGACCUACACAAACCGCUCUCCAUCAUCUCGCGAGAAGGACACCGCAGAGCCGUUUGUGUAGGCGUAAGAUCUAACAAGCGGGCGGAAAGAGCGGAACUUUUGG